AUGUGGUUAGGUGGGGAAACAUCAAUAAGUGACCAAAUUAGACGUAGAAAACUUACGUCAGCUAAAACUACCUCAUCUCUUCUCUGUCGAGCUGUACAGUUUAUUCUUGCGGUCUUCACUAAAUCUACACUCCUCUACGUGCGUCCUGCAACAGCGUCUGUACCUAAAAGCCAGAGCAAAACCUAUCAACAGCUGGUCGCUACAAGAUUACCAUGGUGGCUGAGUGAAUUACAGCCGUGGAAUAAACACCGACCAUUAAGCAGCUGUGAUCAGAUUUACAUGGAACAGAUUUUUGGAUUCCGUGAGGAAACUCAGAAUGUCUUACCUCCUACAAACGCACCACCUACAUUAGUUGUAGUUGACGACCAGCAACAAGAAUCUGAUGAUUAUUUUGAAGCUCAUUUGCCCACUGUCCUAACUAAAGAAGCCUUGGAUAACGUGGAAGUUGAAUUGGGACUGAGUGGUGGAGGUGAUUGGUGGGUAGAUCCUUCUCGUGAUCCUAUCGAAGUGAACUCAGAAGGAAAAAGAGAUGAAGGUGCUAUUUUAGAUGUUGAAAAAAUGCCUCUAGGUGAAGCAUUUGUUGUUGGAGCUUAUAAAUCUAAUAACACACAAUUUUCUAAUGAACCUGAACCACUUUCUUCUCAAGCUUCGCAUCCACAACCACCUGAAAUUCAUCGAUCUCUCCAACCACCCCUUCCUCAUUCAACCUUCGCGGCUAAUGUUUCACCUGUCUUUGGUAGGCGCAAAGUAUCUACGUUGAGUAACCAAUUAUUUGUCCCAAGCGGUACUGGUACGCCGGACCAAAAGGUUUGUUCUCAGAAACGUUCGGUGCUCUCACGCACAUAUUCAAAAGAGCAAAUGGAUGUGUUAAAAGAAGCUAAUUACUACGAUGCCAACGAUCUCAUGCCUAAGGUGGCUCCUAUGCUUUCCAGAUGUCACGCACUAACUGCUUCAUUACCUAUAUCAGAUAAUGAAGGUGAUAUAGAUGUGACGAAAAGUUUAGACAUUCCAUCGGGUGUUAAUCCACUGUCUCAGUCCCUUUCUGCCACUGAAUUAGUCAUGAAAAGUCUCAAACUUUCCGAAAAGGGUACGGCGUCUUUCUCAAGUAUGAGAAGUUCAGAUGUAUUUGAAUUAGCGCGUUUACAAGAAACUCACUUACGUGAACACAGUGGGAGUCGAAGUAAGUUGGGCUUUUCCAACUCAUCCCUUAAUGGAUCGAGUACUGGUGGUAGUAAGAAUCAUAAAGGAGAGGAAGAUAGUGCUGAUAGUAAUGGGCAGAAAUCCGGUAGUGAUUUGAGCUCUUGUAAUCUUAGUGCUGCACAUAGUCGUGAAGAAGUUUCAAUCGUAGAUACGAAUGGCAAACCCGAGCGUCAGCAUACUAUCACUGCAAAUGAAAACUGUUACAAUCCACUAUUAAGUUCAUUGGACAGUGGUUCUGGAAUGAAUUUCAAUUCUGGCAUAACUGGGACUUAUGAUUCAAAAGACAGUGAUGCGGAAAGAAACGCUACAGAUGUCGAUAAUGUGUCGAAACCUGAAGUAGAUGCAGCAUACAAUACAUCGCCUCCGAAUUCUGUUCUCAAUCUUCGAUUUCCAUUGAGGUCUCAGGCAACUCAUGCUCUUACAAGACCGACUGAAGGCAAUCCAACAUCACAAUCCACGGCAUCAGGUACAAAACCUUUUACAAGAAUUCCACUCCCUACAACCAGUAGUAAGAUAAAUAACGUUCCAAUGCCAUCCCAGAAGAUGCCUUCUAUGAGCAUAAGCAGUCGUGUGGGUCCUCGUAAAAGCGGGGUAAAUGAACAGAAACUCGAUUCCAACUCUGUACGUUCAGUAACUAAGACUCAGUCACUUAUCAAAAGUACUCAGAGUGGUGUUAACAGCGUUUCAUCAAACAGCAUAAAAACAAGUCAACUAUCUUCUAAUCCAACAACAUCUUUUGCGAAACCGUUAUCUUCAACAGUCUCACAGAAAAACCGAAGUCUGAAAACCUCAGCAACCACUGUACCAUCUACCGGAAAAUCAUCUCUAUUAACUGUUUCACAUCAUAAACAAACGAUAUCCAAGAAGUGA